AUGGCGUGCCUUAAAAUAUCUUCUCCUUCGGAUUGCAAAGAUUCAUGUGACCAACUGGAUAGUUGCGAUAUAUGGGAUUGUUUGGAUCCGUGCUCAGCGGACUGCUGUAUGCGACCAAUGGGCUAUCGAUGUUGUAAACCUCCAAAAUCGGCAAAUAAAACAGCUGAUAAAAAGUCAUCAUCACAGACAGACAAAUCAACAACAAAAACAGACAAAUCAGCAAAUGCCAGUGCAGAAAAGACCAAGAAAUGUCCCACACCGGUAACACCAGCACCAGCGGCUAAAAAGAAGCCAGAAAAGUUCUGUAUUCGUGUGAAUGUUGCAGGAUUCGAUCAAAAGGAUGUGAAAGUAAAAGCCGAAAAUGGCAAAGUAACCGUCGAAGCGAAUCAAAGUGACCAAAAACAAUAUUGUGGUUGUAGUGUUCAGCAAGUAAAAAACUGCUAUAGUUUACCCAAACAAGCUGAUGCGGCACGUAUGACUUCGAAAAUGGUGUCCGACAGCAUUCUUCUGAUCGAAGUACCUUAUAGUGAUUCACAAAAAGAAAAUAGCUCCGAAAAAACAGAAAAUAGCUCCGAAAAAACAAAAAAUAGCUCCGAAAAAAUAGAAAAGUGCAAAGACAAAGAUUCAGUACAAUCACCAUCUGAUUCAUUAGAUGAUUAUAUUAAGCGUUUAGCGAAUGCAGACUUUUGUCCACGUAUUAUCGAUCUCGAUAAUAACAAGGCACUAGAAAUGACAAUUGAUGUGAAAAAAUGCCCUUUGGAAGAAAUUGACGCUUCAAUAAAAGACAGUGAACUAAUUGUUCAAGGUGAACAUAUACGUAAAGAAAACGGUCGGUCGAAACGCGCACGAUUCUAUCGAUUGACAACGCUACCAGACGGUGCAAAAACUGAUCAAAUGACAAAAAAACUAGAUGAAGAGGGACAAUUAGUCGUUCAAAUUCCCCUUUGA